AUGAGCGGCAAUCAAGAGGUUCGAAUACACGAUGUAUGGAAUUCCAAUGUUGAAGAGGAAUUUGGAAAGCUGCGGAGUCUCAUUGAGGAUUAUCCUUUCGUGGCUAUGGAUACCGAAUUUCCAGGGGUUGUGGCAACACCUCUAGGAACAUUCAAGAGCAAGGAGGAUUUUAAUUAUCAGCAAGUGUCCUGUAAUGUUAAUAUGCUUAAGUUGAUACAGGUCGGGUUUGCGUUGGUGGAUGAAAAAGGUGAUCUGCCUGCGACAGGCGACGUUUGGCAAUUCAAUUUCCACUUUUCCCUAAAUGAUGACAUGUAUUCGCAGGAAAGUAACGAAGGAAUUUCCAUGGAUAUUUUUGGAGAACUGCUAACAACGUCUGGAUUGGUGGUAGACGAGAAGAUUACUUGGCUCACUUUUUCAUCAGGGUACGAUUUCGGAUAUCUCCUGAAGUCGAUAACUCUUGGUGAAUUGCCAAAAGAGGAAUCUCAGUUCUUCCAAUUUCAUCGUGCCCUUUUCCCGCGUUGCUACGACAUAAAGUUGAUGUUGCGAAUGCCUGGAUCUCUCAAUACCAAGCUUAAAGGUGGCUUACAGGAGGUUGCCGAUCAGCUAGAUGUGAAGCGGCAUGGCGUGCGACACCAAGCUGGAUCAGAUGCCCUUCUUACUGCGAAAACCUUCUUUAAAAUCAAGCAGCAAUUUUUCAGUGAUAAUUGGGAAAAGGUCUGUUUUUUUAUGAACACUAGUGCUUCAUAUUAA